UGACGCCGCGCGCCCCGGAAGCGCCCCGCGGGCUGCGGGAGCGGCAGCGCGAUGGCGGCGGCGGCGGUGUCCGAGGCUUGGCCCGAGCUGGAGCUGGCGGAGCGGCAGCGGCGGCGGGAGCUGCUGCUGACGGGGCCGGCGCUGGAGGAGCGGGUGCGGGCGGCGGGCGGGCGGCUGCCGCCGCGGCUCUUCUCGCUCUCGCUGCUGCACUACCUGGAGGUGAGCGGCUGCGGCAGCCUGCGCGAGCCGGGCCCGGGCCUGGCGCGGGGCCUCCCGCAGCUGCAGAGCCUCGUGCUCCGGCGCAACGCGCUGGGCCCCGGCCUCAGCCCCGAGCUCGGCCCGCUGCCCGCGCUGCGCGUGCUUGAUCUGUCGGGCAACGCGCUGGAGGCGCUGCCGCCGGGCCAGGGCCUGGGCCCCGCCGAGCCGCCAGGCCUCCCGCAGCUGCAGACCCUCAACCUCAGCGGCAACCGGCUGCGCGAGCUGCCCGCCGACCUGGCGCGCUGCGCCCCGCGCCUGCAGACCCUCAACCUCACCGGCAACUGCCUGCACUCCUUCCCCGCCGAGCUCUUCCGCCCCGGCGCGCUGCCCCUGCUCAGCGAGCUGGCGGCCGCCGACAACUGCCUGCGGGAGCUCAGCCCCGACAUCGCCCACCUGGCCUCGCUCAAGACGCUGGACCUCGCCAACAACCAGCUGAGUGAGGUCCCCGCGGAGCUGGCCGACUGCCCCAAGCUCAGGGAGCUCAACCUCCACGGGAACCAGCUGAAGGACAGGCGCCUGGAGAAGAUGCUGGGCAGCUGCCAGACCAAGUCCAUCCUGGAGUACCUGCGGGCGGGGGGCCGCGGCAGGGCCAAGGGCAGGGCCGACCCCGAGAAGGAAGAGAGCCGGCGCCAGAGGAGGGAGCGGAGGAAGAGGGAGGGCGAGGAGGAGGAGGUGGCCGAGGCCAGCCGGCUGCUGCUCCGCGUGCUGCACGUCUCAGAGAACCCGGCCCCGCUGACCAUCACGGCCGGCCCCGAGGUCAAGGGCGUGCGGCCGUUCCUCGUGGGGGCUGUCGUGAGGGGCAUGGACCUGCAGACGGGCAACGCACUCAAGCGCUUCCUCACCUCUCAGACGAAGCUGCACGAGGACCUCUGCGAGAAGCGGACGGCGGCCACCGUCGCGACCCACGACCUCCGUGCCGUCCGCGGGCCGCUGCUGUACACCGCCCGCCCGCCGCAGGACCUCAAGAUCGUCCCCCUGGGGCGCAAGGAGAUCAAGGCCAAGGACCUGGUGCGGCAGCUGCAGGCGGAGGCGGAGGAGCACCGGAAGCAGAGGAAGAGGCAGACCGUCUCGGGCCUGCACAGGUACCUCCACCUGCUGGACGGGAAGGAGCAGUACCCCUGCCUCCUGGACGCCGACGGCGACGUCAUUUCCUUCCCGCCGAUAACCAACAGCGAGAAGACCAAGAUUAAGAAAACAACUUGCGAUUUGUUUUUGGAAGUGACAAGUGCGACAAGUCUGCAGGUCUGCAAAGACAUCAUGGACGCCCUCGUUCUGAAAAUGGCAGAAAUCAACAAAUACACCGUAGAAAACAAGGAGGAGGGCUCUGUCUCAGACACUGAAGCGGACGCCACUUCCGGACGCCUCUCGGAGCCUGGAAGGCACCCCAGCCCUGACCGAGAUGGGAGCGCCCCCCUGGUGGUGGAGCAGGUGCGGGUGGUGGACGAGGAGGGGCACCUGAAGGUGGUGUACCCAUCCAAGACGGACCUGGACAUCGCCGCUGCCCACGUGACGGUCAUCCGCUGAGACGCCGCCAGCGCCUCUAGCCACCUGGACAGCUCUGCCCCCGUGGGGCUCACGCGUGGGGGCACUGAGUUACUGGCUGCCCUGCCCCCUGGGCGGUUUUGAAGCUGUCUGCAGUCUUUGUCCAGUUUGCAGACGUGCCACGCUGUCACGUGCUUACACUCUCCUGCCUCCAGCUUUCACUAAGGCUUUGGAUGACGUUGCUCAGCGCACUGCACUGUGAGAACGCGCUGGGGUCAUGUGGGCACAGCCAGCUGCUCCCGGGAGACUCCGUGGACAUGGCGUUCCGUCCCAGCCGGAGCCUGCGCCGCGAGCAUCGCCUCUUCCACCGCUGCUGGUGCACUGAGCACGCGCAGCCUCGUCCUCAGCCUGCGGGGGACGCGUUGCUGGUGGACGCUUAGGGGUGGCGAUUCAGAGGGGCACCUGCCGGGGGGAGGAGUCAGCGGGACUUAGAGCCGCUGGUGAGUGAGCCUGUGGUGACGAGCAGAUGGCAGACCCCAGUCCCAGGGGGACGUGCAGGUGGGUGGGGCUGUAGGUGUUUCUGGUGUUAAACGUCUCGGCAGGAA